GUUGGAGAAGAACGCGCAAACAAUAACAUUACUGGAUUUCGUUCUGUUCAUUUAAACAGAGAUUGCCAGAGAUUGCCAGUGUUUGCCAAAGAAGGUAGGGCUUAAUUAAUGGUCAUCUCAAUCGUGUUUAGCAACAUAAUUGCUUCUGCACAGAGUAUAUCUUCGUGAAUCCUAGCUAGGCAUGAGGUAAUUAGGCUCUGAGGCUACCCGGGUUUUAUUCUAUCCUGCACUUACACGUUUAAAAGCUUGUGGUAAUGGAUGCAGUCUCGACGUGUCACUUUCCACUAGAAGUCAGAUACCGUGACUGAUAUUGGUAAAUCUGAUGGGUAAUAUGAUGCCUAUAUAGCAUGUCUAGUGUGGAGGCACCAAGAUAUACGAAGCCACUGAUCAAAAUCCUCGAAUAUGAGUUGAAUAUAAUCCUUUGUAUCGUAGGAGAAACGAAUAUAUUUUCAAAUUUGCUUCAGUACAAGAUCGGAUGAGGUUUAAUUGAUACAUUGGGAUUAAUAGCCAUUAAAAAACAUAUAAGAGCUGUAAAUGAUGGAGAUAACUUCCUAAUCAGAAUCAGAAUCUAAAUCUUUUAGGAGGAUGGCACUCACAAGGACUUCUUGCUUUUUUAUCUGGCUUCUUCUCAUCAACAUUCUGGUUCUGCUUCUCAUCCUUACCAAUUCAAGCAAGCUGAAUUUAACGAAUCAAGUUUCUUUAGUGACCAGGAGUGGGGAACCUUCGGCAUUGCACGUUUCUGUCGGAGAAACCACAUCUGGAUAUGACAUACAGACCAUCCGACAAACCUUCCAAGGGCUUUCCAUCAAAUCAACAUCACAUGGCUCUGUUGAGCAAGCCUGGUUGAGUGUACAAGCUGAACGGAAGCAUCUUCUCGAGACCAAGUGUGAACUAUACCCUUUCCUGAAGAAGAACUUGACUCGAAUCGUACAUGAGGAAAGGAGACUGCUCUGGCCCUUUAUAGUGGAUGACAAGUAUCGCAUUAUCUUUGGCUACGUUUCGAAGGUUGGUUCGACAAACUGGAAAAGUGCGUUUCUUGUCCUACAAGGAAAGUACCAACGCGUCGAAGAUGUACCGGGUGCUCUUGCACACGACCCUAGUCUCAGGAAACUCAGCUCUUACACUCCUCAAGAAAUAGAACAUCGUCUCCAGUACUACACGAAGUUCGUAUUCGUUCGUGACCCAUUCGCACGUGUUUUGUCUGCCUAUAGGAGUAAGUUUUAUGAAGGAAAUAGGUCCUUUCAGCGUUCUUUCGGCAGAGCUAUUAUCGCGCGCUUCCGAACGAAUGCCACGGAACAGCGGCAUAAUUCGGAAGCGGAGGGCGUAAGGUUCCCAGAAUUUGUUCAAGCAAUAACGUCAGGAGGAAACAGAUUUGCCGACGGACACUGGAACCCGAUCUAUCAAAUGAUCCUACCUUGUACCGUCAAGUUUGAUUUCAUUGGCAAACUCGAAACGGCAGAUGAAGACUCUGAAAAUAUUCUGAAAUACACAAAAGUUGACCAUCUGAUUCACUUCAUGAAAUCGCACAGAAAUCUCAGCCAAAGUGAGGACGUCUUUCAGCAAUUCUACUCCCAACUGUCCCCAGAGGACAUCAUGAAUGUGCAGAGGGUAUAUAAACCCGACUUCGAUCUAUUUGGAUACGACCUACUUCCUAAAAUAAAGGUUUUACAGGAUGGUGAAAGAAAUACUGAAGCUACGAUUGAUUCCUGGUUUGAGAAACAGUCUUUACGAAAGCAGCUCUUAAACGACGAGUGUCGAAGACAUCCAUUAAUAAGAAUGAACAUGACGGAUGUCAUACGAAACAAGAAAAAACUGUUAUGGCCUUACAUUGUUGACGAUAAAUACAGAAUAUUGUAUGGAUUCAUCUCCAAAGUAGGAUCAACUCACUGGAAGAGCACUUUCCUCGUUCUGAAGGGAAAAUUCAAGAGGGUCGAGGACGUGCCAGGAUCACGAGCCCAUGAUCCAAGUUUGAAGAAACUUAGCCAGUACAGCCCUGAAGAGAUCGAUUACCGUUUGGAAAAUUACACCACGUUCUUGUUCGUUAGGGACCCUCUGGCGCGGGUCUUAUCUGCAUACAGGAGUAAGCUGGAAGAGAAUAAUAAAUCCUACCAAAGGACCAUUGGCCGAAGAAUCAUCAAAGCGUAUCGAGAACGCCCCUCCGAGAUGGAGCUCCAUACUGGAGCAAACGUCACCUUUGCAGAAUUCGUUCGAUUCAUUACCGAUGAAAAGAUGAUGAACAACAUGGACGGCCACUGGAAACCCAUUUAUCAAAUGGUCCUCCCGUGUAACAUUCACUAUGAUUACAUUGGCAAAUUGGAAACUGGGGCGGAAGACUCCGCAAACAUUUUAAAGCAUUUAAAGGUCGACCAUCUUGUUCACUUUAAAGAAUCCACGAGGAACACGAGCCAUAGUGACGAAAUAUUCAACAAGUAUUACAAUACAAUUUCCAAAGAAUACAUCCAUAAGUUGUACGAGACGUACGCUCCGGAUUUCAAACUUUUUGGGUACUCCAUGAGUGAAGAGUUAACGCAACGGAAGAACCCUCUCCUAAACUGAAGCACUAAGACUGUUUACCACAUGUCAUGACAAAAAUUUCAUGUCAGCGUAACAGUAUGUUAAAUUGUACGUUAGUUUAAUCAUGUUAACUUGUUUAUGAAAAUCUUAUUCUCUCCAGUCUCAUGUACUCGCGGAAACUGAAAUUGUGUGUGUUGAAAUGUACUUUAUUGUCAUGGCCCUGGGAGGCGGGGGUGCUGGGGUGAUCCAGCAGCCCCAAGAUUUUCCUAUAGGGGGUUCCGCGUGUAUCAUUAUCCACAGUCAGCACCCCCUGGUAUUCUGGAAGGUGUAAACAUGGAGAAAAGUAUUUAAAAAAAAAAAAUACUACAAAAUAACCCUUAUUUUGUAGUAAAACCUUUUUAUUUUUCAAAUUUACAUCAACAUCCCCACUAAAAAUUUUUUUCAAGGGCCUGUGUUAUGUUUGCUGGCGAUAAAAGCGCCAGAACAUUUACACAGAUGAGCUGCAUUGUGUCUGAAAAUGUUUUUUUUUUAAUAGAUACAUGCAAUAUGUUUUUUUUUCCUGUGUUCUUUCGAUGGUUUAGUAGUACAUUUAAUUCCAGGAACACUCAUCCUGACCUAAAAAAGGAAAAAAAUAUUUAAAAGAUCAUUAUGAAAUUGUUUCGUCUUGGGAAAAAUUAGCAUGGUUGGGAGUUUACGAUCUUUUAACUGAAAUAUCGUUUGUAAACCAUAUGAAUUCAGAUUAAAAUCACAAUUACUAACAAGGAAGUGAUCUCAUUAAAAAUUUUUCACACUAGCAUAUGAAUUAUGAUAUCUUCCUUCUUAUCAAUGUGGUUUCUUUUCUAAUCAUAUUACAUCGAAGUCGACAAGAAAAUUAGAAUAUUAUGGUCAUGAAAAGGAGAUAAUUAUUAUAGUUCAAUAACUGAUAACAUUAGUCUUAUUUUUCUGGAACACACUGUAGGACGGACUGUCGAUCAUCACGACUGUUUUUAAAUUUGGAUGACGAUUUAUUUUGAAUGUAAAUCAUGAUAAAAGGAUUUUGACCACAGUGUGCGUUCGCGGAGCGGGUGUGGAGCUGGGGAGGAGUGGGGGUGGCCGCACCUUUUGGAGCAAACCGGGGCGGGGGAAAAGAUGGGUUGAAGAAGGGUAGUCAAAUCAAUGCACCUUUUUUCGAGACAAGGGGUGUACGAAAGGCUAUGUUGAGUAAUUUUCUGAACCAGCAACUAUAACAGGAGAAAAAGACGAGAUCUCUUUUUUGUUGUUGAUUUUGAAUAGAUUUGCAUAAUAGAGUUCAAGACCCCCUUCGUCCCACGAAAUUAUACUGUAACAUAAAUGGUACAAGAGACUAAUUAGCCCAGCCUUUCGCGAAAGCCGCCCAGCUCCCCCCCCCCCAUUUUUACCUUUGCCAUUUUUACCUCUGCCAUAUUUACCUCGUGAAAAUAUUGAAAUAAUAGAAAUGACAUGUUAAUCGUUUGUAUUCUUUUGUAGACGAAACAUGAAUCAUGAAACCAUGUAUUCGGAGGAUUAAGAAAACAUAAUAUAUAAAACUGUAUAUUAAAUUGAACAUAAUAAUACUUUUCACUCCCUUUUUGCCACAUACCGACAAAAUACAAAUAUUUAAUUAAUGAGA